AUGUCAGAAUCUUGGCCAAGAUUUUUAGUCAUUUCAACCAUAGAUGAUAGUCCUUUAAAACUUAACCCGUUUGCGAUCUCCAAGGGUAUACAAAGUGCCUGUGGGGAGGUUAAGAACGUCACACGUCUCCGUGGUGGAUCAAUCCUUGUGGAAUGUGCACGGAGACAGCAAUCCGUCAAUCUGUUGGGCCUCCAGCAGUUUGUCAAUACACGGGUUGUUGUCUCAGUGCACAAGACACUGAACUCUAGUAGGGUCAUCGUUCGAGCUCGCUGUCUGUCAGAUAUGACAGGAGAAGAGAUAACAACUGAAUUAAAACCUCAAGGUGUCACCGCACUUAAGCGGUUUACUAGAAAAGCAGAAGAUGGAAAUAUUAUCAAUACUCAAACCUACCUUUUCACUUUUGCUCUCACAACCCUUCCAAAGUCAAUAAAAGCAGGUUACUUUAACAUCGGAGUGGAAGUCUAUGUUCCAAAUCCACUCCGAUGUUACAAGUGUCAAAAAUUUGGUCAUGGUGCCAAGACUUGCACUAACAAGGCAAGGUGCUUCCGUUGCAGACAAACUCAUGAGAGUUCAGACUGCACAAAUGCGAUCCGGUGUGCCAACUGCAACUUGUCCUCAUCAAAAGCAUGUCCUGCCUUUAUUCUUGAAAACAAAAUAUUGAAACUCAAGCAUACUAAUAACAUUUCAUACACAGAAGCUAAAAAGUUAUCAGUUCCUCCACAAAUACCUUCUUCUAAAAGCUAUUCAGCUGCAAUCUCUUCUUCUCCGGUUCCAUGUACCAAGGUAACUACAGUCUCCAUAGAAUGCCAGACUUCUAUCUCUUGGCUGAAGGAUGACCAAAUUACCAUAGAUGACACCAUUGAGGCAUCUCAAAGCUAUCCAGUGAUAUCAACUUCUGCUACCCAAACUGAAAACUUUCACUCUCCACCUUCUGAUCUAGACCGUGACACUGUAAAGGAAUUAGAAACAUUUCAGGGCAAAGCCCAUUUAUCGAAAUCAGCUAAAAAGCAAAUGAGGAGAAAAGCCAGAACACUCCAACACUUGGAGGUGCCUUCUCCUGUGACAACCACUGUAGAGGUUCAUAAUCCGUUUGAGCCUCUGGAGAUGGACGUCACUCCCACACAACCAGUCCAUGAGAGUGGACGUACCUCCCGCUCAAGAUCCCAAGUUGAGCCGCCAUGA